CAGAAGAGGGCGUUGGAUUCCAUUACAGAUGGUUGUGAGUCACCAUGUGGUUGCUGGGAAUUGAACUCAGGAACUCUGGAAGAAAAGUCAGUGCUCUUAACUCUAAGCCAUCUCCCCAGCCCCUACAGCAUUUUUUCUGAAUUGGGACCCUUGUCCAUUCGUUUGUGGUUCACUGCGUUUGUGGUUCACUGCGUGUCUCUCAGGCAGCACCAGCAUACGCUCAGGAGUAAAGUCACAUCGCCUUUGCUCGUCGGUGGCUUAGGGUGAUGCUCAGCUUUAGGAUGCAGUUAAGACAAAUUCUACUGUUUGACGACAUAUAUAUUUCUCUAUAGCUUUACAUAUUGUUGCAUGAUUUCAUUUUUUCUAUAGUGGCCUUUGAAGCUGCUGUUUAAUAAUUUACUGACCAGCACCCUAGAUUGGACAUUGAAGUUUUUCUUACAACCAUCAUUUGAUUCUUAUGGUGUUCAGUGUCCUGUUGGGCCCUUGAGGUUUUGAUCUGCUAGGAAGUGAACAGGAGUCAGUCUCGCCUUCCUGACCUCAGUGGGUAGAGAUGUCUGUGUUACAGAUACACAAACUAAGCAGCAGAGAGACCAAACACACUAACGGGGAGGCACGAAGCCUGGGAAUGAGCUCUGGUUAAGACAGGAUUCUAUGCCAGUGUUUGAAGGAGAAAAAACCUUGAAAGAUGUAUUUGGUCAUUUAUGUUUCACAUGUGAGUAGAAGUCACCCUGCUCGCUAUCUCCUGGUAUAAUAUACAGUCAAAACUUUAUAAAUGAUCUUCAGUUCUAAAAUACGGUACAAAAGUCACAGGUGCCAACACUAUUUUAGGGCAUGCUUUAUGUCCAUCUUGACUGGAUUUAAUGUGAGUGAAUUCGAGUACUCAGUUCUGGCCCCAGUUGGCUAACUUGAAAAAAUGUUGGGUGGGCACUAAGCUUUGAGACCCAAAUAGCAGGUAUGGACAGGCCAAGAACUUGCUCUUGUCAUUGAGAACUAAGCUUCACACUGUUAACCAGAGGGUUCCUCCACAAGCAUUGUUCCCAGAAAGGCUGCCUUCCCGGAGAUAAUGUUAGUGUUUGGUGGGGACUUCCUUUCCAACCUCCGUUUUCUGUCAUAUCUUCUAGCACUGGGUAGACAUUGCCUGUUUGCUUGUCUGUGAGUGACUUAGGGCAAGGGCCUUGUUCCGCUUCUUUGCUAGGGCCAAGCACUUGGUGUACUUGCUGGAUGACAGGCAGGCAUGCAGACAGAUGGCCUCUUGUGAUGGCAUACUGAUUCCACAGGUUCUGUGUGCCUCUGCCACAUGCUUCACUGGACCCUCACCAGAUCAGUGAGAGAAGGUGAGUCUGUUGAGCAUGGAAUGACAGUUGUACAUGUCACUAAAACCAGGAUGCAGGACCUUGCUGAGUUAAUACUUGGAGUAUUUCUAUAAGGGUGUGCAAUAAUGGUACACGCAGUACCCAGCCUCCCCUCUUUCUCCCCUUCGUCUUAACUUUUAGGAGCAGCCAUGAUAUCUGCAAACUCUUUCAAAGGGUAAAUGUUUUCAAAGUAAGUAAGGUGAAUACUGUAACAUUUUAUGUUCUGGGUGGAGCAUGUGUAUGUGUUCAUUAAAUUAUUUUUUGAGCACUUCUACAGAAAAAUCACACCCCUCCCCCCUUUAAAGUAGUAAAACCGAUCCCAGUGCCUCCCACACUGGACCUGCAUGCUACCCAUGGCCUCCAUGGUAUCCACAUAAAUGCUUAGUGGUUCCCAAUGUACAAUUGCCCACCUGCCACUGCAUGAUACCUUUGAAGAUUUCCAUCCUCAAAAGUUUGCAGUCUGUCCCCAUCCCUUCUUCAGACAAAUACCAGCUAAAUAUUCUCUCUACAGAUUUGUCUUCUGAAGAGAUUUAAUAUACAUGGCCCCACCCUGGCUGGCUUCCUUCUGAUAGCUUUUGCUUACCACAGUGUUUCUGAGGCACACCGACCGGCAGCAUGUGUCAGUAGUUUCCUCUUGUUGCUGGCUCAGAGCUGUUCAUGCAUUCCUCAGCUGGCGGACAUUUGGAUUGUCUUACUGUUUGGUUGGUACAUAGAUGCUGUGAAGUUUUGCACAUGGGGCUUUUUAUGGGUGGUUUCUUUUAGAGAGCUGCUCAGAUGUAUGGCUGGUGUAUGUUGAACUGUUAAGAAACUUGCUUCCAAAGUGGCCCUCCUGUUUUGUAUUGCCACCAGAGAAGCCCAGCUUUUCUUUCUGCAUGGUGUCACCGUGUGCUCUGCCAGUGCUUCCUUUAAUGGUGGAUCUCCAGGGCUCCUGCUUUGUGAGGAGGUUCCUACUGGUGAAUGAAUAAUUAAGUGCUGAAUUGUCAGAAAACCAGUGCUGGGUGAGGUACCUUGUGAUUCCUAGUCCAGGAUACAUGUGUGCGUCUGCAUGGUGUGUGUGUGUGUCCAGGAAUAUGUGGCUCUCUUACUGACUUUAUUCUAGUGCACUGGACUGGCCUACUCACUAGAAAUAAUUUUGGCCCUUAUACAGAUUUGUGAAAAUUUUUAUAAGGUAUAAUUUACAGUGGAACCUUCUGAUCUAAAGGUACUAGUCAGUUUUAAUGAAUGCAUGUUCAGAUAACAAUUCAGCCACUCUGGAAGGUGUCAGAUGACUCUCCAGGUAACUUUCCAGAAGGAAGCUGUACCAUGAACUCCGUCAGUAUGUACUUUAUGCUUAUAACCAGGCCAGCUUCCAAGAAGUGUUAAUUAUGUUUAUGGAGCUUCUUUUGGUGACACAUAUUUCUUUUUUUUUUUCCUAUAAUCUUACAAAGUAGAACUUAGCUCUUUCUCUUUAACAUGCUGCCUUUUGCUAACUCCCUUUUCUGUAGUUAGCACCCCAAGGUUCCUCUGUGGGGCUGGGCUCUGCAAAAUUGGCACGGAGGCCCCUGAGCAUUGACUCAGCCAGCCCCGCCCCGUCUGUUGUGGAGGAGGUCCUUGACAGCUAGCACAGCCCAACCUAGGAACACUGAACAGGGAUCCGGGAAUCGCUGCAUCUGUGAGCGAUUGAGUGUCCUGCCGUCCCGGCCACCAGCCCGCCUCACCCGCCCAGUGUGGAGCUGCGUGUAGAUCCGUGGUCCAGACGCUGGAGUGAGGCUGGCCUCCACUCACUGGGCAUGGAGCCUCCGGCCACGCGCCUCUGAGGCCUGGCGUUCAUGGAAUAUGAAGACAAGGCUGGAAGACCAAGCAGGCCGCCCUCUCCAAAGCAGAAUGUGAGGAAGAACCUGGAUUUUGAGCCACUGUCCACCACAGCGCUCAUCCUUGAGGACAGACCCGCGAAUCUCCCAGCAAAGCCAGCUGAAGAAGCUCAAAAGCACAGACAGCAGUAUGAAGAGAUGGUGGUGCAGGCUAAGAAACGAGAGCUUAAAGAAGCCCAGCGGCGGAAGAAACAGCUGGAGGAAAGGUGCAAGGUUGAAGAGAGCAUUGGAAACGCCGUCCUCACCUGGAAUAAUGAGAUCUUGCCUAACUGGGAAACCAUGUGGUGCUCUAAGAAGGUUCGAGACUUGUGGUGGCAGGGAAUCCCUCCGAGUGUAAGAGGCAAAGUUUGGAGCUUGGCCAUUGGCAACGAGCUGAACAUCACUCACGAGCUCUUUGACAUCUGUCUUGCUCGGGCCAAGGAGCGGUGGCGGUCCCUCAGCACUGGAGGCUCAGAAGUGGAGAAUGAAGAUGCUGGGUUUUCAGCAGCAGACAGAGAGGCCAGUCUGGAGCUUAUUAAACUGGACAUUUCUAGAACAUUUCCUAAUCUCUGCAUUUUCCAGCAAGUUCAGGGCAUGUCCUUUAUAGCUGCAGUGUUGAUCUUGAACCUCGAUACUGCAGAUGCCUUUAUUGCUUUUUCUAAUCUUUUGAAUAAACCCUGUCAAAUGGCGUUUUUCCGAGUGGACCAUGGCCUUAUGUUGACUUACUUUGCUGCAUUUGAGGUAUUCUUUGAAGAAAACUUGCCGAAAUUGUUUGCGCAUUUCAAGAAAAACAACUUAACUGCAGACAUCUACCUAAUUGAUUGGAUUUUUACCUUGUACAGUAAGUCCCUGCCCUUGGACUUGGCCUGCCGCAUCUGGGAUGUAUUCUGUCGAGAUGGAGAGGAAUUUCUCUUCCGCACAGCUCUGGGCAUCCUGAAGCUUUUUGAGGAUAUCCUGACCAGGAUGGACUUCAUCCACAGUGCCCAGUUUCUGACCAGGCUGCCUGAGGACCUGCCAGCAGACGACGUGUUCGCAGCUAUCUCUACAGUCCAGAUGCAAAGCCGCAACAAGAAAUGGGCACAGGUGCUGUCUGCACUGCAGAAAGACAGCCGGGAAAUGGAGAAAGGAAGCCCAUCACUCAGACACUGAGGCUCAGGGCUAACUCCCACCUGCCACUACAGCAGAGCUCGACAUGGACCUGUGUGCUUUCAGACUGAAGCCUGGCAUGAACAGGGCUCUUUCCAUGUUGGCUUUCUGAUGCUCAAGUUGGCCUUACAACAAAACAGAAUUACAUCCAGGUUUAGCCUUAAGCAGCUCAGUGGACCCAUGCACUGUCAUUGGUCAUGGCUAGCCGCUGCAUUUUCUACAUGGGUUCAAGAAAGGGCAGGCUGUCUCUGAACCUUUAUUCCAGCAACAGUCAAUUAAAUUGUAAUGCUAUUAUGCCAACUACUGGAAGGUACAUUACAAUCUUUCUUAGCCAAGAUGCAUGAGAAAUGUUAUUAGGAAACCUCAGAGUUGUUAUUGGCUCAUAUGCUUGUGAGAAAGGAAUUAUUUAGUUACUAAGAUAAGCUUUCCAGAGAUGAAGGGUGUGUUUUAAAUCUCAUACCAAGGACAGGGUAAGGAAGACGGGCCCUUGGAGGGCAGUUGCUGGUGAAUGCUCACAGGCUUCGAAAAUGCACUUGACCUUUGUGCUGACAUUGACCCUGUUGCCUUGACACAUGAGAGCAAGAAGGCUGAGUUCAUAUUAGGAUCCUACUCUUCAAAGUAGCACUCACUGCAUCUUGGGAGCCACACUGGUUGGAGCAGGGAAGUCACUUGCUGCAGAGGGACAGAGGCCGGCCCUGUAAAGAGAGAUGUAGGACGAGACUGCAAACUCUCCUCUUCUUACCCGCUCGCUUCUGGGGAGGCUAGCAUGACAGCCUCUGAAAACACCAUUGUGUAGGAGAUGGUUUCCUUGCUUAAGCUGAAUGUCCCUUUUUGCCUUUGUCACCUGAGUAGUUGGAUCCCUUCUAAGUGCCAGUGAUUGUCCCCUAUCCCCAUCUGGCUUUAGAAAAUGAGCUUCACACACUGCUGAAAGGACUGGAGUAUGGCAGUCUUCCACAUUCUCAGUGUCCCGAGCCCUUCCCCAUUGCAGCUGAUUCCUCUCAGCUCAUUGGGGAGGUGGUGGUGGUUCUAGCUUUUCCUUGACUUAAGAACUUUGUAUAAGAAAUGAUUAUCCAAAUUCACAGAAGUGAACAGUUUCUACAUAGAAUAGGACAGUCCAGUAUCUAUGGAAACGGGUUACCUCCUGAUCAUCCACUGGCAUUCUGAACCCUGAGGUACAGGUAGGCCAGUCCUAGCCUAGGGCUGAGGACAUAUUCUCCAGCCAACACCUGUGUAGUCUGUAGUGCACAGCCCUCUACAGCCAUACCUUCUACCCCAGAAUUCACCCUCUCAAUCGGUGUAGUUUCUGAUAGCCGUAGGGGAGCCCUUGACUGACUACAGCAUGUGGCAGGGAGGCUUGGGUCAGCCUCAUGGCGCUGUGUUUGCAUGGGUUCCCUUCAUCUGGUGUGCCUGUUGGUGAUCAUCUAGUGUAUCAGCAGGCUGUCAUGUUCAUGCUAUUCACCCCAUGCUCCCACUUUUUUCUUGGAGUCUCAUUUGUAGUCUGUGACUUCUUCAGGGAGGCCACAGAGCACCCUCCAUGUAGCUCUCUGCCUUAGUGUGAAAGGCUGAUGUCUGACCUCUUGGAGGAGGAUGUCUUCACCAGCCAUCCAAUGGCCUCCAGACCCAGCCAUUCUUGACAUCAGAUACUGAAUGUAGCCCAGGCCCAGCUGGCCACGAGAAUCGCACUACCCAGCCCUGUCCGCUGUCCUUCCUUGCAGAUGUACUUAGUUUCCUCCCACUACAUGGGCAUCUGUUCUCUCAAGAUGUAUAUAUUUUCUUACUGUACAUAAAGACAUUCCUUAAGUCAUACAGAAAGUGUUGUGACAAGGGGACUUGGGCACCUUGUUGUGAAUGCCAUCGUGGAAUUCUCUGUGUGUUCACAACCCAGCCCUUAACUUUUUCUUGUUUGACAUAAACCUGUGGGCAUGCAUGAAGUUCUCCAACAAGACUCCAUGCCAGCCAAGCACUGACUGCAUCUCUAGUCCAAACAAGGUCUUUAUAGACUGACUGGGGCUCAUGUGAGCCUAAUGUGCCCUCCUUCGAGGCUAUACAGUUCCACGUUCCUCUACUUUGAGGGCGUCCCUCAUACUCCUGUUGGCAAACUGGAAACUGACCCUACAGAGGUCUGCACCUCCCAUCUCAAUUGCCAUUGACUUUCAGUCCCAAACUUGAGGGUGCUGGGCAGCUGGCACUCUUAGGGGAGCUUUCGGGAGAGGCUUCCUGUCACUUGGGAGCAGUGCUUACUUCGAAGGUACUUCUAACUGCUCAGUUUGUGACUAUUUUUAAACAGUUUGCCAAUAGAAAACUCCUGAUAACACUUGCUACAUAUCAUGUUUUAAUUGCUUGUACAGUUAACCUUUAAUUUUGUUUAGUAAAGUGUAUCAAACUAGGACUUUUUGAAUUGUAAAUAUGUGGUUUUAUUAAAAUAAAGUCAUGUAAAAUUGUUA